GUUAAACAUGCUUAACUUAACUGCUUAACAUCUUAGAAUUAUCCUUAUGAGCAUGUUAGCGUCACUGUGUUUUAGUACAGCCUCAAAAAGCUGCUAUAAGCGUUUAGUAAGUUAUAUGUUGAGGAUUCAGUCAUCCACUUGAGUUACAGAAUGACUGUAACAAUAAACAAUAUAUUUAUUGUUACUGGCAUAGUUAGUGUUCUUGGUGUGGACAACCCUUUAGUCUGUUUUAGUGCUGUCACUCAUGUUUGAAAUUAUGCAUUUGGGCAAAUAGCUACUAUGGAGAGAGUGUUGCCCUCCUUUCAAGUGGGGUCUGUGUAGUCUUGCAACAGUCAUGUGUAGUAAAAAUCUGAGUUCUCUAAAGUCACAGCUUAAAUGAAGUUACUUGAAAAAAAUAAACAUUCAACAGGACAUGCACCGUAGCUUGUACUUCUUCUAUGCCAUGACUUUGUUAAAUAUGAUAUGAGCCUCAAAAUGCAUGUAGUGCCCAUGAGAGGGAGAGCACGUUAAUCAUAGCACAGCCCAAUCAGCUCUGAAAUCACACUGUAACCUCACUUCUCUGUUGACUGUGUAAUGAUUUACUACAAAAGACCUUGCCAGUUAAUUUGACAUGGCAAAAUAUCAGCUCCUGUUUGUCAGGAACUGUGUCCAUGCUUUUUGUUCGUAGUUUCUGUGUUGACCCAAAGGGGGUCCAAAGUUCAACUCACAUGGAUGAAACUCAGAAUCUCAGGCACCACGCGGCUUUAAAGCGAUACAGCUAGGAUCACCUUCACCCCAUUACUGUGGGUCUUACGGGAAUCUAAUUCAAAUGACUAGAAUUCUGGGCAUUUUAAGUCUUUAAGCUGUAAGAUUAAAUAGCUUGGUCACAUUGCUGUGUUGUGUGGGGUGAACCAUUGCCCAGUUGGACUGCUGUUCGUUGGUUUGAUAUUGACAGAAUAUCAUUGUUAAUGUUUUGUCAUUGAAUGACACAUCCUUACUCCAAGGAUCAACAAAAAGUGGACCUGCUUGCAUCUGAUGGUUGAGGAGGGCAGCAAGGCAGCAGCUGUGAGUCUCCAGGUGGGAGACGAGCUUGUCAACAUCAAUGAAAUUCCCCUGAGUGGCUACAGACAGGAGGCUAUCUGUCUUGUGAAAGGCUCCCACAAGACCCUCAGCCUGGUGGUGAAAAGGCGGAAUGAACCCAUAAGCAGGCCUCACUCCUGGCACUCCACCAAGUUCAACGAAAGCCAAUCAGAGACUGCUAAAACACAGUCUCCACCCAUGCCAGUCUGGCACACCAGAUAUGAUGCAAGCUCUUCCUCAGCUGAUCUCUCCUCUGGCUGGGAGCAGACAAACCUGCGCAGAGUGUCUGACCAGUUCAGCUCUCUUGGCAGUAUGGACAGUCUGGAACAUGUCUCACAUCCAUAUCCUGCCGGUCAGCUGUCACCUGCCAAGUCCAACAACAGUAUGGAGCAUCUUGGAGGAGGGAAACGAGACUCUGCCUACAGUUCCUUCUCCACCAGCUCUGGCACACCGGACUAUACGCUCUCAAAGAGCAAUGCUGCCUCAACAGAGAACAUGCUCUAUAAAUUUAGUCAAUGGGAUGCCGGAGGAAAGCAGAACAAUGGCAGAAACAGCCAGAGCAUGACUGAGGGAGUCAAACCGGAUGAUAGAGUGACGUACUUCCAGAUGCCAGGAGUUAGUAGCACAGGCUGUGAGGGUCCACAGACUGAGGAGCUGGCUGGCUCCCGCCAUUCCACUUCAAGUAGAAGCAGUUUUGGACCUGUUUGGCAUGUCCCUGAAAAAAAGAAGACUACUUCCCCCUCUCCUCCCCCUCCCCCUCCACCUGCUCGCAGUGACAGUUUUGUUGUAACAAAGGUACAUGAAAGGGGACUUGUUAUAGCUCAACCUGAAGGACCUGAAUCACAUAUCUCCUGUAAGGCUUCCACAGAAAAUCGACGCAGCCACAACCUAUCCCCAAAAAAUGAAAGUGAUAGUUUAUACACCUCAUCAGAUAAAUUGAAUCAUAAACAGUUCAAUUCCAACAAACAGUGCUCACAGUCCAGCAGUGAUGUUAGGCAAGGCCAGCCCUCCCAUCAAAGGCAUCAUAGUGACAAAAGUGCUUAUUAUUCUCAGUCCUGGGCUACAUCUGUACCAAAGCCACAGAAUGUAGGUGGCUACUAUUGUAGCAUGCAGGAACUGCCUACUAACGGUUCUGCACAGCACUAUGGUCAGAAUCAGCGAAGAAAUUUAAGCACCUCAAUGUCUUCCACAGCCACUGACCAAAACACUGACAGCAGUGGUCAUAGCCGAUACUACUGUGUCACAAAGUGUCAGCCCAUGCAACCUAACCCCCUGCCAGGAAAGUCAGAGGACAGGAAGAGUGUCACAGGUGUAGACCUGACAAAGACUGGAAAUGAGCAGGACUCCCACAGUCCACAGACAGUCACCAAAGUGAAGUAUCAUCUGUCCCAACAGCAGCAACACUCCUCGCACAUUAAAGACAGUAAUGGGUACAGCAAGCACCAAGUUACAACGGGACUAGAUACCUCUGUACUUAAAUCCAACUCUGAUGAUAGGGGAAGCCAGAGGGGACACAACACACAAAAUGCAGAAGCUCAGUUCAUGAGUUAUCCUACCAGACAAUUUGAACAGCGGAGGUCUCUGCCACUACAGCACAGAGAAUUACCCCAAGACAUCAGACAUCACAGCCAAGUGGCCAACAAGAUCUGCCCCCAGGCAACCCCCAUGCUUCACUCUCUGUCUAUGGAUGCCGCAGGCCAAGAAUCAAAAGGCCCAAACUCUGAGGAGUCCCUUGAAAGCAAGCAAAUGAGGCGCAGCGACCGUUUUGCCACCACGUUACGGAAUGAGAUCCAGAUGAGAAAAGCCAAGUUGCAGAAAAGUAAAAGUGCAGCUACCCUUCCUGGUACCGAGGAUGAGACAGAGGCCGAACAGGAUAUCUGGAAGCCCACUGAAAACACCACCCCAGCAUCUGCAGAAGGCUCCUUCACCAACACCUACAAGGUUAAUCUGAAGGAAGCACAAGCAAGGGUGCUCAUGGCUACGUCUUUCAGGAGAAAAGACCUAGAGCCUGUCUUACUUGAGAACCCUGCAGCUGAGGCCUUACCUAAUUACCAGUCCUCAGCGCUGACCUGUAAAGAUGUUACCCCUCUGCCAACUGUCUCAGAGUCUGUUAUGAAUAAACCAGGGCCUGCUUGUGGCCAAGUAACUCGCAUUGGUGGUCGAAAGCGUUUUCCUGCAGAAAAGAAGGUAAGAUCUUUCUCUGAGCCAGACAAAAUUCAUGAAGUUGGGGUGAAGGAGGAUCUCCCUCAAAAUCAAAAUGCAAGCUCCUCACUAGACCAAGAGAAGCUGUUACAGGAAAGUGACAAACCAGCUUUCCCCAAUCACGUUCUCCCUCAGUGUUAUAUCGAGACCCCCACAGAGACCAAGGCCAGAGCUCUUGCCAUAAGCAGUGAAACAGAGGACACAGUGAAAGGCAUCAGGAGCGGAGAAAACACUGAUGAGAUCCAUGGAGGUCCUUACUCAGCAGACAAGCUGUCUGUUUUAGACCAGCAAAGACUGGGCACCUUCGCUGAGUAUGAGGCAAAGUGGAAUAUACAGCAACAAAAGCCAGAAACAAGAGGCUCCGGGCGCUACCGGUCUGCUGAUAACAUCCUGGAUCCAGGAACAGAAGAGAGAACCAAAACCUCCUGUUUCCAUGAAAGAUCCCGGUCAUCUCCUUCUGCUGACAUCUAUGGACAGAAAAUUCAAGUCCCUGCGAGAAAGUCUGAGACAGAAUAUUUCCAGACAGAGAGUAAACUCACUGAACCACUGAAUGCUGCCACAAGGCUCUCUGACAGAGCGCCCAGUGACUGUAAAGUGAGAGAAAAGCCUGUGGAGUUUGAACAUUACUCAGCACCACACCCUCCGCCCAUGACAGGAACCAGCCCUGACAGCAGACACAGAGCUGCCCCUGCUGCCGUCUCUCACAGUCUCACAGAAUCUUCCCUCCCUCAACCUGAGGACCACGGCCACAGUGAGUCUGGGCCCAGGAGGAAGCCCUCUGCGCUGGAGAAGCCUCCCCCACCCAGAUGCCCAGAGGUCAACUCCCAUGAGCCUUUCACCGGUUCCCAGGGCAAAGUCUUCACCCACUGCUCUCCUAAGACUGACUCUAACUCCGCCUUUGUCCCCACCCACUCUGCAAAGGGAGAUUCUGAGCAGGGCAAAGGACUUGUGGACAAAGGACAAGGGGCAGUACAUCAUCUAUCAACAUCCAAUCCUCUGCUUGCCUCCUCUCCCCCAGCUUCCUCCCACAGACCCUCAGGGCUGGCCGCUAUGGAGGAGCAGCGCUCUCCAUCUCCACAGUUUUCCCCUCAGAGACUCAGUGACAAGCCACCGAUCUCCUUACGGGAUGAAGGCACAAACAGGAUGGAGCAUGUGACAGAAAACCAAACUUCUGCAGUGAAGAAAGUGCCCAUCAGGAUUGUCCACUCAGAGGGAGUCACAGAAAAGGAAAAUUGUCCAUUUUUGCAGCACAGUGAUCCCCUUGCUGUUGAACCUGAGGGUCCUGGUGUGACCAGACUUGGCAGUCUGGGAGCAACCGGGCAGGACUCUGUCUUCUGUGCCUUUAUUCGUCAGAGGGAGGCCGAUAGCACACUGGCCUCUCAGACAGAGCCAAAGGCCCAGAGGGACAUGCACAUUAAUACUGUGAGAGAUCACAUCAACUCUGAGAGUCAGCAGCCUCUACAGCCCACGGAUGAGCCAAGCAGCAACAGGGCGACAGUAACCACAGGACUGUCUGAGGAUCAGAAGAGAGAAGAGCUGGCCAGAGACAUCAUGGGGAAGGAUAAAUCACUUGCCGAUAUUCUUGACCAGAGCAAAAUGAAGACCACCAUGGACUUGAUGGAGGGUAUCUUCCCUCAGGACGAGCAGCUGUUGGAAGGAGCUCACCAACGAAAGAAGGCGCCCAUGAAACAGACAGUUUCCCGGCCUGCUGAGGAAAGAGAGAAAGAGGAAAGUAUGCCGGCAGCUGUCACCAUGGUGACCAGCUCUACAUAUUACAGCACAUCUGCUCCCAAAGCAGAGCUCCUUAUUAAGAUGAAGGACAUGCAGGAGCAGGAGCAGGAGGAGGAAGACUCUGAAGAUGAGCUGGAUAUUGAUUUGGCCAACAAGAAGCAAGAGCUGAUCAACAGCCUCAGCAAGAAGCUUCAGGUGUUGCGGGAAGCCCGGGAGAGUCUUCAAGAGGACAUCCUUGACAACAACUCUCUCGGAGAAGAGGUGGAGGCCCGAGUCCAGCAGGUCUGCAAACCCAACGAGCUGGACAAGUUCCGGAUGUUUGUCGGGGACCUGGACAAGGUGGUGAGCCUGCUGCUGUCUCUGUCAGGCCGUCUGGCCAGAGUUGAAAACGCCCUCAACAGUCUGGAAGAAGAUGCCACUCCUGAGGAGAGGCGUACAUUGAUUGAGAAGAGGAAUCUGCUGAUUCGACAGCAUGUGGAUGCAAAGGAGCUGAAGGAGAACCUGGACCGUAGGGAACGCGUGGUUUGUGAGAUCUUGGGCAACUACCUGCCGGAAGACAGCCUCACAGACUAUGAGCACUUUGUCAAGAUGAAGUCUGCGCUCAUCAUCGAGCAGCGCAAGCUUGAGGAUAAAAUCAAACUGGGCGAGGAACAGCUCAAGUGUCUGAUGGACAGUCUGCCAAUAGAGCAUAGGCUGGCCUUUUGAAGAUGAUGGACACAGGUGAACUAGUUGUUUCUUCAAGUUGCAGUUGAGGCCUUUGCCAGCAGAGGGAGACUGUUCUGAUGUUUUCCAGCUCUGUGAAGCCUCAUCUGAGCACAUGUUACUGCUUCACACAUUCUCAACUGGACUGCCAUAACAGCACCUGGACUUACAGCACAGUAACUCCCUUGUCAGAUACUACUUUUGCUGUGUUUUUAUUUUUGUGGAUUUUUUUUUUAGUAAUUUAUUGUAGCCUUUUGAAUCUGCGAAGGAGGGGACAGUAUUUUAUCUUCAACUGAUUUAAGCAACCAGGCCACCCAGUGCGUGUUACACUCUGAGCAACUAGGAGUAUUUAUCAUGUUUUAUGUUAAAGUAAUUUCACAUUCUGGAACCCUUUUCACAUAAUCCAUAAAAUCUGGUCAGUUAUUAAUAAACUCAAAAGUUUUUGUUAACAUUUAUAUAUAAACUAGUGGCCUUUUACUAAGAUUUUUGUGCCCUUGCUUUCCUUGCUGAAGAACAUUAUCCUCUUCAAUAAACAGAAGAUAAAAAUUUUGGGAUGUUAGUGAAUGUACCUGAAGAAAAGGUGUGCAGACACUGGUCAUUUUAAAGAGCACUUGUUCAACUUCACUAAACAGAAGAGCUGUAGCACUUCACAUCCAGACAAGUGAAAUCCAAAUUUGAAGUGCCUGAGGAGCCACCCAUAUUACCAUCUUCUAAUCCACCUCUCAGUGCUGCUCUGUUUUAUUCAUAUACAGAAAAAAACUUCUUUAGAUUAUGAUUUUGGCACAUAUAAGUUGACCGAGUGUUUUUGAAUUUUGUCUUAAUACUUCACUGCGUUUUGUUAUUCACGGUGCAGAUGUUAAAUGCAUAGUUACCACAGUUGUUACUUGACUUCUAGCUAAAUUCAUCACAAAAAGUUUUUUUAAGUUGUUCAUUUUGCAAACAAACAUGGAACUAAAUCAAUGCAAAGCAUUUUGACCAGUUUGAAUUUCAGUCUGUCAAAUGUCUAAAAUUCAGAAGGCAAGCAUUAAAUCAGUCUCCCAAAGGUGAAACCCUUUCGGAGGAUGUUUGUUCUGCACAUUUGAGAAUCUUAGUUUCAUACGCUUCAUGCACUGCUACAGCCUGACUCUUAACACAUCAGCUGUGCUCCUUUGUUUCAAAUAAAGAGUUUUCUGGAAUCACA